UCUCCUUCUUCCCCAAUCCACCAAAGAACAAAAUGUUGUCAGUUGAAACAAACCAAAAAACAGACAUCUCUGUUCCUCCUCAAGAUCUUCCUCCUCCUACUUCAGAUGAACCCGGUUCCAUAUCUCUAGAUCAAAAAACCCAUGUUUUCCGAUCAAAACUUCCCGACAUACCCAUUGUUAACAACAUCCCACUCCACUCAUACUGUUUCCAAAACCUCUCUGAAUUUUCCGACCGACCAUGUCUCAUCAUCGGAUCAACCGGAAAAACAUUUACUUUCUCCGAAACAUAUCUCAUUUCCGAAAAGACAGCUGCAGGUUUCUCCAAACUGGGUAUCAAACAAACCGACGUAGUCUUACUCCUCCUUCAAAACUGCGCCGAAUUCGUCUUCUCCUUCUUCGCCGCCUCCAUGAUCGGCGCAGUCACCACCACCGCCAAUCCUUUCUACACCCCAGCCGAAAUCUUCAAACAAAUGAAAGCAUCAAAAGCAAAGGUUAUCAUCACUCAAUCAUGUUACGUCGAUAAACUCAGAAACUCAAAUUCACUGAAACUCGGUGAGGAUUUUACAGUAAUCACAGUUGAUGGCGAUGCCGAUUCCCCACCUGAAAAUUGCAUCCAUUUCUCUUCUUUACUUUCCAAUGAGACUGAAUUCCAUCCCCCAUCAACUCCGAUUCAUCCCGAUGAUCCAGUGGCGCUUCCUUUCUCUUCGGGUACAACCGGAUUACCGAAAGGCGUGAUCUUGACACACAAGAGUUUGAUUACAAGCGUAGCACAACAAGUUGAUGGAGAAAACCCAAAUCUAUAUUUAAAAGAAGGAGAUGUGUUCUUAUGUGUACUUCCUCUGUUUCAUAUUUUCUCGUUGAACUCUGUUUUACUCUGUUCAUUAAGGGCGGGAGUGGCGGUUCUGAUAAUGCAUAAAUUUGAAAUUACUUCAUUGUUGGAGCUGAUUCAAAAACACAAAGUGACUGUGGCGGCGGUGGUGCCGCCGUUGGUAUUGGCGUUGGCGAAGAAUCCUGUUGUUGUUGAUUAUGAUCUGAGCUCGAUAAGAAUUGUACUUUCCGGCGCCGCUCCUUUGGGGAAGGAGCUUCAAGAUGCUCUUCUCGCUAGAGUUCCUCACGCCACUUUCGGCCAGGGUUAUGGGAUGACAGAGGCAGGGCCGGUACUGUCGAUGUGCUUGAGUUUUGCGAAGCAUCCAUUCGAAACCAAAUCAGGUUCGUGUGGGACAGUGGUUAGGAACGCUGAGCUGAAGGUGAUUGACCCUGAAUCUUGUUCUUCUCUCGCCCAUAAUCAACCUGGUGAGAUUUGUAUCCGUGGCGCCCAAAUCAUGAAAGGAUAUUUAAAUGAUCCUGUAGCAACAGCAGCCACCAUUGACGCUGAGGGUUGGCUACACACGGGAGAUAUAGGUUAUGUCGACGACGAUGAAGAGGUUUUUAUCGUCGACAGGGUUAAGGAGCUCAUCAAAUUCAAAGGGUUUCAGGUGCCACCGGCAGAACUGGAGGCCCUACUGGUUAGCCAUUCCUCUAUUACAGAUGCAGCUGUUGUCCCGCAAAAAGAUGAAGCUGCGGGCGAGGUUCCUGUGGCGUUUGUAGUUCGAUCUAAUGAUUCUAAUCUUACAGAAGAUGCUAUCAAGGAUUUCAUAGCCAAACAGGUGGUAUUCUACAAGAGGUUGCACAAAGUGUAUUUUGUCGAAGUGAUUCCCAAGUCUCCUUCAGGCAAGAUCUUGAGAAAAGAGCUUCGAGCCAAAUUACUUGAUUCCUAAAUGCGUGAUGAAGAAGACGAAGAUCAAUUCACUUUGUGUUGUAUUCACCCUUUUGUUUUAACUAUUAUGCAUCCAUCAUCAUCAUAUCCAUGGUUGGUUCAUAUUAUUUUUUAAUUUGAUGCAUUGAAUCUACUAUAGCCUUUUAGAUGAAACAUUUUGUUGUCACUAUUUUCUACUAAUAAAACUCAGGAAAGAAUCUGAUAU